GGGGGUGGCUUUCGGAGCCGGCUGCCGCGCAGGAGGUCCGGGGACUGAGGCUGCCCCGCCGAGAGUGAGCCAACGCCCGGAAGUCUGUCCUGCCUGCUUCUGUAAUCUGGCGCUAUGCAUCCAGAUCCUUGGCCUUUACAGACACUGCUGUACCUUGUUACUCUCAUGGUUCUGUGCCCUUCUGUGAAUUCAGGGUUGGCACCUUAUUUUAUUUCUGAGCCACUGUCCGCUGUCCAGAAACUUGGUGGACCUGUAGUACUACAUUGUUCUGCUAAACCUGUGACUGCUCAUAUCUCAUGGUUGCAUAAUGGAAAAAGACUGGAUAGAAACGUGGAACAGAUUAAGAUUCAUCAGGGGACUUUGACUAUCUUGUCUCUUAAUCCCUCCCUUUCGGGUUCCUACCAGUGCGUCGCCAACAAUAGCAUCGGUGCCAUUGUCAGCAGCCCUGCGACAGUGUCCACUGCUGUUCUCGGUGACUUCAGUUCAGCAACAAAGCAUGUUAUUACAGCAGAAGAAAAGAGUACUGGUUUCAUUGGCUGCAAGGUACCAGAUAGUAACCCCAAGGCCGAGGUGCGCUAUAAAAUCCGGGGAAAGUGGCUGAAACAUUCCACAGAGAAUUACUUAAUCCUUCCGUCGGGAAAUCUUCAGAUUUUGAAUGUAUCUUUAGAAGACAAGGGAUCAUAUAAAUGUGCAGCUUUUAAUCCCGUCACAAAUGAAUUAAAAGUUGAACCCAUUGGCCGAAAGCUUCUUGUGAGUCGCCCUUCUUCAGAGGAUUUUCACAUUCUGCACCCCACCCUGUCACAGGCAUUAGCUGUCCUUUCUCAUAGCCCUGUCACGCUGGAGUGUGUGGUGCGUGGGGUCCCAGCUUCUCAAGUGCACUGGCUAAAGGAUGGUCAGGACGCUGUGCCGGGAAGCAAUUGGAGAAGGUUGUAUUCUCAUCUUGCCACAGACAGCAUUGACCCAGCGGACUCUGGAAACUAUUCUUGUAUAGUGGGAAACAAGUCUGGAGACAUACAACGUGUGACUUACAUGGUUAAUGUACUAGAAAAUGCGUCAAUUUCAAAAGGAUUACAGGAUCAGACCGUCUCUCUGGGCUCCACAGUACAAUUCACUUGUGAGGUUCACGGGAACCCAGCUCCCAACCGCACCUGGUUCCAUAACGCGCAGCCUGUUCGUCCUUCCCCACGACAUCUCACUGCGGGAAAUGGACUGAGAAUCAGUGGUGUGACCCUGGAAGAUUCGGGACUGUAUCAGUGUGUAGCAGAUAAUGGGAUUGGAUUCAUACAGUCUACUGGGAGACUUGAGAUUGAAAAAGGCGGUGGACUCAAGCCAGUUAUAAUUACAUCACCAGCCAGUGCGCAGGUGGUAGAUGGAGACUUUGUGACUUUGUCCUGCAACGCCACUGGAAUGCCAGUCCCGGUCAUGCGUUGGUACGACAGGCAUGGGUUGAUAACCAGCCAUCCGUCUCAAGUGCUUAGAUCCAAAUCCCGGAAAUCACACUUACGACCUGGGGGCUUUGACCUGGAGCCGGUCUACUUCAUCAUGUCCCGGGCUGGCGCGAGCUCCCUGUACAUUCAGGCUGUCACCCAGGAGCAUGCCGGGAAAUACACCUGCGAAGCUACCAAUGAACAUGGCAGCACACGGUCAGAGGCAGUCCUCUCAGUGGUUCCUUUUGAAACAAAUACAAAAGCGGGACCAGUCACAGCUUCCGGUUCCUCUUGGAAUGAUAAAAGAGAUGGUUCAGAAGCUGGAUCGUUGAGCUCCUUUCCAGUGAAGGAGCACCCCAGGGCAGUGGACUCAGCAUCAGAGAAAAAUGCUAGUGGAGCCGCCGUCCCAGAUGCCCCCAUCAUUCUGAGCCCUCCGCAGACCUACACAGCUGAUACGUACCACCUGGUCUGGAGGGCCGGGAAGGAUGGCGGGCUGCCCAUCAAUGCCUAUUUUGUGAAGUAUCGAAAGCUAGAUGAUGGUGUUGGCCUGGUGGGAAGCUGGCACACAGUUCGAGUCCCAGGAAGUGAAAAUGAGCUCCACCUAACAGAACUGGAGCCCUCUAGUCUCUAUGAAGUUCUGAUGGUCGCAAGAAGCGCAGCGGGUGAAGGCCAGCCCUCCAUGCUCACCUUCCGCACGAGCAAAGAGAAAACAACCUCAUCGAAAAACACGCAGGCGUCCUCACCCCCCAUGGGUGUCCCUCGGCGCCCCGUUGUUUCAGAGGCUGCAGACAACUUCGGAGUGGUCCUUACAGAUUCCUCUAGGCAUAGUGGAGUUCCAGAGGCACCUGACCGGCCUACCAUCUCCACGGCAUCGGAGACCUCUGUCUACGUCACUUGGAUUCCUCGGGCCAACGGGGGUUCUCCAAUCACUGCCUUCAAGGUCGAAUACAAACGGAUGAGAACCAGUGAUUGGCUGGUGGCCGCUGAAGAUAUCCCUCCUUCCAAACUCUCUGUGGAAGUUCGUAGCUUAGAGCCAGGUUCAACAUACAAGUUUAGGGUCAUUGCCAUCAAUCAUUACGGUGAGAGUUUCCGGAGUUCGGCAUCUCGUCCUUAUCAGGUGGCUGGGUUCCCCAAUCGUUUUUCUAACCGUCCGAUCACGGGACCUCACAUCGCAUAUACUGAAGCUGUCAGCGAUACCCAGAUCAUGCUGAAGUGGACGUAUAUUCCAUCAAGUAACAAUAAUACUCCCAUUCAAGGAUUUUAUAUCUACUACCGGCCGACAGAUAGUGAUAAUGACAGUGAUUACAAGAGGGAUGUGGUAGAAGGUUCAAAGCAGUGGCACAUGAUUGGCCAUCUGCAACCAGAAACUUCCUACGAUAUUAAAAUGCAGUGCUUCAACGAAGGGGGAGAAAGCGAGUUUAGUAACGUGAUGAUCUGCGAAACUAAAGUGAAACGCCUCCCUGGAGCUUCUGAGUAUCCUGUCAAAGACUUGAGUACCCCUCCCAGUGCUUCGGGAAGUGGACGAAACGCUGGGCCAGCAAGCAGCCCCAGCAGAAGCAGCGACAUGUUGUAUCUGAUCGUUGGCUGCGUGCUCGGUGUCAUGGUCCUCAUCCUCAUGGUCUUCAUUGCCAUGUGCCUGUGGAAGAACCGCCAGCAAAACACCAUACAGAAGUAUGACCCUCCAGGAUAUCUCUACCAGGGGUCAGAUAUUAAUGGGCAGAUGGUGGAAUAUACUACUCUGCCUGGCACAAAUCGGAUAAAUGGGAAUGUUCAUGGAAGCUUCAUAAGCAAUGGCGGUCUCAGCAAUGGCUGCUCCCAUCUUCACCAUAAGAUCCCCAACGGAGUCGGUGGAGUCAUGAAUGGGAGCUUAAACGGAGGGCUUUACUCGGGGCACACAAGCUCACUACCCAGGACACAUGUGGAUUUUGAACAUCCUCGUCACCUAGUAAAUGGUGGUGGACUGUACACAGCAGUACCCCGGACCGACCCGCUGGAGUGCGUUAACUGUCGAAACUGUCGGAACAACAACAGGUGUUUCACGAAAACUAACAGCACUUUCAGCAGCAGCCCCCUUCCUGUGGUCCCAGUGGUAACAUCUUAUCCUCAGGAUGGUUUGGAAAUGAAGCCCCUUGGUCACAUGAAGAUGCCUGCAUGUCUGGCUUCCACAGUCCCCGACUGUGGCCAGUCACCUGAAGAGGACUUCAAAGAUGACAUGGCACCAAGACCUGCCCAGCAUACUUGCUGUCAGGACAGUAGGAGUGAGAUCAACUCUGAGUGCACAGAAGAUACAGCAGAGUUCAACAGAGGAGACAGCUGUGUCCAUUCAGAAACAGAGAACGAAAUUUUAAGUUGGAAUCCUCUUAUUUUGCCUCAUGUGUCCAAGGACUGUACUGAAAAGACCACCUGGUCUCCUUCUGGCAUUUCUUUAGAGAGCCCUGCAGGGGUCCUUCAGCAACCCCAAGAAACCUGAGGGUGUGCAAACGACCAGUCAUGUUCCCACUUCAAGCCAGUAACUGCACAAAACAGGCCAGGGGAUGGACUGUGUGAAGGACAUGAAUCCAAAUCAGAGAAGAUCAUUAUUUAUUUUUUUGUAGUAGUAAUGUCCUAUGAAUGUAUCUUAAAAUGUGUGCCCUUUUAUAUUAUUUAUGCCUUAAAAUUUCCCUCUUCCUUCCUCCCCCUCGGUAGGAAGCAACCUAGUUUUGCGUAGUUCUCAAUCAUCUGAGAGUGGUGGCAUCAUUCCAUGUUUCCGAGAACCUCAGUGACCAUAAGAGCUCCUCCUGCAAGGAUCCAGCCUAUUGGCCAGUUUGGCUAAGAGGGAACUGAAGUUUUCAGAUGGAAAGCUGUCUUUUGGUGUAUUGUGUUAUCAGACUUUCUGAGAACAUUUGAAGUCACGCUUGGUUGUAACUUAGUGUUUGUAAUAGCAGGUGUCUUAUGAAUUUGAGUGCCUUCCACAGAAGUGAUAGGUGACCUGUUGGCUUUCUGUUUUCACACGGGCACAAAUGAUGUUCAGUUUUCUAGGCACUAGUCACAGACGGUGUCAUGAUCAUGGUUGAGGUUAAGGUCUGUGGGGUAUAUAGACAGGGGAUCAAGGCUAGAGAGAAAAAGAUAGCCCUCAGGUCGCACUGCAUCAAAAUUGGGUUGGCUUAUUCAAUUGUCACUGUAGGGCUCAUUUUGACUGUUUCUAAGAGUAGGAACAAAAUGAGUUUAAAGUGGAAAGAAAGUAGACUUGGAAAGAAAGACCCCCAUUGUGCUCCCGGUGUCACACCACCUGAAAAUGACUAUUUUUCAAGCUUCCAGCAUGGGCAAUACUUGGACGAUGUGAGUGUCAGAAAAGAUUUAAUUUGGAGGGAAAGGGUAUGGUUUGAAAUUUCCUGACUUUUUUCAGAAUGUCGUCAUGAUAAACACACACCUGAAGCUUUGGUUAGUGGAGCCCGUAAAUCACAGUUACGGCUCCCUCUGAGUGACAAGGACAUUUGCAGCUGCCUUGGGAAGGCCUUUCUUCUCCACAUCAAAAAAAAAAAUCAAAACAAAAAAAAAACCCACACACAAAAAAACACUAUGCCUAUUUAAUAGCUAUUUUAAUAGCUUGAGUCAAACUUCAAUGGAUGACUGCUUGUUUUUGGAUUGUGCGUCCCUUUGGGGAAAAAAAAUAGAAAAUGAUUCUCUUUCUGUAUUGUCGAGCAGUUUCAGCAAUAAAUGAGAAAAGUUCACAGUUCCUCAGAAUUGCAGUGAAAUAGACUAGAAUACUAUGUUAAGCAACUGUUUCUGUAAAUGCAUCAGUAUUCCCUUAUGUAUGCCUACGUUUCUUAUAAAUAGAGCUGUUAGCGAAGUCCGCUGUUUGAGCUGGGUCACUCUGCAAGAAUGACUUUGAGUAGAAUGUAGCGAGUGUCAUUUCAGGGUCAGGUAUUAGGGAGGCUGUAGAAUCGAGUGCUGCAUUCCAGAUCGCCAUACUGAGAGUAUACUGGAUUUAUUCUUCCCGUGGUAUAGAUGCCAUUAGCUUUGCAGGGGGAUAGCUGCAUCCCUUACUUCUGUGACUAGCAAAGGACAGAAUCCUCGUGCACAGAAUAUGAAGACAUACUGUGUUUGGCCAACCGAGACAUAGCCGUGCUGUCGCACAGGGAGUUUUAGAAAACUGGGGAGCAGAUGUUUGUGGGCAGUCAUUUUGAUUCAGGAAACACAGGUGUACUAGCAUGAGCCUUGGGUCAUAAACUGCUUUUAAAGAUUGAGUUUGGAUAUGGGAUUUGUGCACUAGGAAGAGAAGAUGACUUUCCCUCUAGGGCAAUCUUACUGUGGACUGCUUUUAUUUAUAUUAUUAGUAACGCUGUUUUAAGUGUUAUCCCUCUUAUUGUAUUUUAUUUAUAAAAAAUGCCUUUAUAUAUUGAGACGUAUAAAUAUAAAUAUAUAAAUAUAUAUAUAUAAAAUUGCCUUACCGUUCAGGAGUUAUGCAUCCCCCCUAACCUUGAGUCGUUCUGAACUUGUAUGACCUACCCAGUCACCAACAACAGUCCUGCCUGAUGUCGCUUCCCCAGGAAGUCAGAGGACAUAGCAGCAUCUCGUGAACCCUCACAACAGAUCUCCAACACAGUCCCCCACCACAGAGCUGGCGCUUCAACCUGAUUUACCCGGAGCUGUAAUCCGAGCUCCUUUCAGUUUUCCAGACUGCUUUCCAAAUACAUGCGGUUCCCUCUUGCCCUGGAACCAGCCCGGGUCUGCGUGCUCUCUCCCGCCCUCCCCUGCUGCAUGCUUCCUCCGACUCGACCCCACAGCCCAGAAGCUGCCCUCUGUCCAUGCGGGCAGAGCAUGCCUGUCACUUGGUCUUCCCAGAGCCCCCAUAUCUCCCCCUGACAGCCCUCACCACCACCACCCCCCGCCUGGGAAUGGGAUCUUCCCUGGGCUCAAGUGAGCACGUCAUUGGUCAGGCCUCCUCUGUUCCUUCUGGUCUUCGAAUUCUCUGUGGUUCUUUGUUUUAGCAUCAAACUCUGCCCGCGCUCCUGGUGUGUCAUUUCACUGUGUCCUUUCCCCCCCAUUAUGUACCGAUCGUCUGCUCAUAGGUGCUGUACAGGUUGUGAGUGAACUUGCAAUGUUUUUAACACCUGUGAUGUGGUCUUUUAGGAAAGCAUUUUUUUCUGGGUUUUGUUUUUGUGGAGUGAGUCUGUGAAGGCCAGUACCCAGAGAGCUCAUUCCGGAGAGAGUACUGCCAAGAACUUGACUUCAUGGCUGGAUUUCACCUGUGUUGCUCUGGUUUUUUUUUGUUUUUUUUUGUUUUGGUUUUUUUUUUUUUAAGUAAUGGCUUUGAGAUGCAUGUUUUUGUAUCCUAUUGAAAAGUAUGUUUUAUUUCCCUGAAAGUUGUAAUGUUAUGUUUGGAACUGUACAUAUUCUAAAUGAUGUAGCAUUGACAGGUUUUGUCUGGUUGAUAUGAUUUUCUAUUAAAAGAGAACGCUGCUUUCCUGGAGAGUAGCGUGUGAAGAUGGGGACCGUCAGAUACUCCCUGUUCGUAUGAAGCUGCUUCUAGCUUGUGGUUGGGGUGGGUGUAUGUCUUCCUCAGACCUCCAUCCCGCCCGUCCUCUUCUGAAAAUCCCCAUUGCAUGUCCCAGAGCCACGUGAGUUAAUCCCUUCUGUUCUGAUCACAGAGAACUGGGCCCUGAAGGAGCAGGAUCUAGGACAGCCAGUGUUUCAUGGGGAGCCUGGGAGUAUACCUGAGCCCCGGGGGGCUGUGUCCGAGCAGGCAGACCCCCCACCCUCGAGGGGGCUUUGUGUCUCUGGAAGGAAGCCAGGAGGGACGGAGAGGAGCCUGAGGGGCAUGGAGAGGAGUGAGCCCUCCUCGCUGUUCUCUGUGCCGACCAUUGGACCAUCUGUGUGAACCCCUGGGCAGACAUUGCGCCUCCUCAAGAAAAGCAGCCCUUAAAAAAAAAAAAUGUCUGGGCUGCUUCGACCAGAAAGCCAACAGGGUCUUUGGCAUGGGGUGGGGCCUUGUUCUGUUUUAUUCCCCGUGUUGAAAUAAGCCUCCCUUAAACCUUAGCUCCAGUCCUGAGAGCCUGGAGAGAACUUGAAAUCCCUUUUCUAAUAAAGUCGAAAUCUGUGAGAA